CUCGGCAGCGGAAGUUCCGGUGUCGGCGAGCGGAGGUGAGAGGUCGGCAGGAAGUCGAUACGUGGCCGCCGCCUGUCCCCCGCCGAGGAGGCGCUGCGAGCGGAGAUGGCGGCGCAGCUGAACGUAGAGCAACUCGAGGUGUCGCUCGACGGCCUCACGCUGAGCCCGGACUCGGAGGAGCGGCCCGGCGCGGAGGGUGCGCCCCUGCUGCCGCCGCCGCCGCCGCCCUCGCCCCCCGGGGCUGGCCAGGGCUCGGGCGCUGCGGGGCAGCCGCGGGAGCCCGGGGAGGCGGCGGCCGAGGGCGCGGCCGAGGAGGCGCGGCGGAUGGAGCAGCACUGGGGCUUCGGCCUGGAGGAGCUGUACGGCCUGGCGCUGCGCUUCUUCAAAAUAAAAGAUGGCAAAGCCUUUCAUCCAACUUAUGAAGAAAAACUGAAGUUUGUGGCAUUAUAUAAGCAAGUUCUCUUGGGCCCAUAUAACCCAGACACUUCCCCUGAGGUUGGAUUCUUUGAUGUAUUGGGAAAUGAUAGAAGGAGAGAAUGGGCAGCCCUGGGAAACAUGUCCAAAGAGGAUGCCAUGAUAGAGUUUGUAAAGCUUCUAAAUAGGUGUUGCCCUCUCCUCUCAGCAUAUGUUGCAUCUCACAGAAUAGAGAAGGAAGAGGAAGAAAAAAGAAGAAAGGCGGAGGAGGAGCGAAGGCAGCGGGAAGAGGAAGAACGAGAACGUCUGCAAAAGGAAGAAGAGAAGCGGAAGCGAGAAGAGGAGGAACGACUCCGGCGGGAGGAAGAAGAGAGGCGGCGAAUAGAAGAAGAGAGGCUUCGGCUGGAGCAGCAAAAGCAGCAGAUAAUGGCAGCUUUAAACUCGCAGACUGCCGUGCAAUUCCAGCAGUAUGCAGCCCAGCAGUAUCCAGGGAACUAUGAGCAGCAGCAGAUUCUCAUCCGCCAGCUGCAGGAGCAGCACUACCAGCAGUACAUGCAACAGUUGUAUCAAGUCCAGCUUGCACAGCAACAGGCAGCAUUACAGAAGCAACAAGAAGUAGUAGUGGCUGGGGCUUCAUUGCCUACAUCAUCAAAAGUGAGCACAACUGGAGCAAGUGAAAUGACGUCAGUUAACGGACAGGCCAAAACCCACACUGACAGUUCUGAAAAAGAACUUGAGCCAGAAGCUGCAGAAGAAGCCUUGGAAAAUGGACCAAAAGAAUCUCUUCCAGUGAUUGCAGCUCCAUCCAUGUGGACAAGACCCCAGAUCAAAGACUUUAAAGAGAAGAUUCGGCAGGACGCGGAUUCUGUGAUCACAGUGCGCCGAGGAGAAGUAGUCACUGUUCGAGUCCCCACUCAUGAAGAAGGAUCCUACCUCUUUUGGGAAUUUGCUACAGACAGUUAUGACAUUGGGUUUGGGGUUUAUUUUGAAUGGACAGACUCUCCAAACGCUGCUGUCAGUGUGCAUGUCAGUGAGUCCAGUGACGAUGAGGAGGAGGAGGAAGAAAAUGUUACUUGUGAAGAGAAAGCCAAAAAGAAUGCCAACAAGCCUCUGCUGGAUGAGAUUGUGCCUGUGUACCGGCGGGACUGUCAUGAGGAAGUGUAUGCAGGCAGUCACCAGUAUCCAGGGAGAGGUGUCUAUCUCCUCAAGUUUGAUAACUCCUACUCUCUGUGGAGGUCCAAGUCAGUCUACUACAGAGUCUAUUACACUAGAUAAAGCUCGUGUAGAAUCUGGAGUUUAGGAUUGGGCAGAAAAUGACACUUAUUUUCUUUUGACUUUUGUGGCGCAUAGGAGUCAGUGUUUACCUUCUCAAUUUUGUUCUGAUGGUUUAUGAACUCUUGCUGGGAACCAGGAUUUCUUGAGACUCUAGCGUUAAUGCUCUGAGGUGAACAGCAGUUCCGGAGACUCAUCCAGCCCUUGGGUGCUGACCAGCAGAGCCACUAGUGAAUCCUGGAGUUACGUGAGCUGCGUGCUAAAUAUUCAGUCUCUAAAAUAAAUGUCCCAGCGUUGACGCGACCUGGCUGGUGGGUAGGCCAUUGCUGUCUGCUCUGUGUGUGCUCCCAGAGCCCUCGGUUACAGCUCUGCUUGUAAUGCUUCUGUUGUAGUCUGCUUCAGAGGCAACUGGCUUUGACUAAAGCUCAACAAUUUGAAACUUUAAAACUCAAGACUUCACGGAUUAUAGAAGAGAAAGAAAUGCCUCAAAUUGGUCUUACCUGAAUAACCCCGGUUGUUUUGCUUUGGUACAGCUAUUUAGUUAGUGAUGGUACAGAGAAUUAUUUUCUGAGAGAAUCUUAAACUUAGAGUAUUCAAACCCAGUAGGUAAUUGAUGUGUAAAGAUUCUUAGAACACCUCAGCAUCUUCCUACCAAAUCCCUCAGACUCUCCUGUCUGCCAUUCACACUUCUGAUAACACAACAAAACUAGUUGAUUUUCUUUUGACAUAGUUUUGUGGAGCAUCAUAAAUUGAAAUUAAAAUGAAAAGCUUACAGCCAAGAGUUUUAUAAACUCACAUUGGCAUCUACUGAAUUUAAAUAUGCAAAAUCACUUUAGUAUAAUUCAGUGAGGAGUACCAUACCAUUGCACUACCAGGAAAUCACUGCCAGAGACAGUCCAAAUUUCUUUCUAUUCGUUACUAGGGUACAAACUGUUCCAGAGUCCCAGUAUGGACUUGCAUACUGGAGAAAAUUGGAAGUGCACAGGCCCGUGCUUAAAUGUUACAGCUCUGAUCUGUAUUAAGUCUUGCUGGUAGGAAAAAACAGAUCUUUUGCUUUCUUAUGAAAACAAAUCCACAUGUUCAUCAUUUGAAAUUUGUAUAAGUGGCUAAUUAUCUAGAGAGAGGGUAGUAUAGAUAGAAGAUGACAGAGACAAUGUGUACCUAGUGCUGUUUUGUCACUGAUGACUUAGGAUUUAAUUUUGACAUCACAGAUCACUCCCAGGGCUCCCACUGGCUAGCUGCAGUGUGCACACUUCACUACAUUCAGGCUAUUUGAGGUUUUCAUACGCCGCAUUUUUUUUUUUUUUUCUGUUUUUAAUACCUGGUUUUAUAGGUAUUUAACUCUGUUCUUUUUGGUGGUUAAGAAACUGGAUUACUUUCUCCAAACCAGUGCUUACUUUGUGUUUUUGAAUUUUCAUUCAGAAGGAGUUGAAUGUCUUUGCUGUUACACCCAGAAUCUUCAUCAGGCUGCCCCACAGCUUUUCUGUAUAUAUAGAAACCACAGAGUUAGGAUUUUUUUAAUGAGAAAAAUACUGUAUUUAAAAUGUAAAAUAAACUUUUAAAAAGCAGGCACUAAUAUAUAUUUCUUUCAGCCUUUGAUUACAAUUUUGUCCUUGCACAUGUUAAGAUAAAUUAUCUUCUAAAAAUAAUUGUUCUUGGGAGCAGUGUAUGUCACUUUACCUAGCAGUUUCUGUCACGUGUUCAUAUCUGAACACUUUCGGUUCUAAACUUUUUUAUUGCCUUUGGCUGUUUAUUAGUACCAUACAAGUGCGAUUUCAAAAAGAUCUUGAAAGUAAUAUAUUUAAUCAAUUAAAAUGUUUAUCUGUAACCUCUUGAUGUUUCUGUUAAUACAGUUCCCUGAACCAUUUAACUGUCUUCAUUUAGAUAGGAUAAGAAAUGCCUUAGAUGAUCUUUUCUGUUUAUCUAGUUGAAAAAAAUACCCAGCCCUCUUUCCUCCUGGCUAGUUUUCCCUGUGAGUCAUAAUGGAUUUUAAAUUGUCCAGACUGGACAAGAAGGGAAGUGUUAGCUUUUCAUCCUGCAGAUUAUAACGCACUUUCCAGAGCUGCCCUGUGUGGCCUUUGCUGUGAUGAGGAGGAAGAGCCUAUUUUAUCAUGGCUUCUGAGUGGACCAGGUGAUUACAGAGUGUCAGACCACACUGGCUGUGUAGUGUACUGGGGUUUUUUGAAAUUGGGAGAGACUGAAUGAGAUGAUUUUCUUGGUACCUGUGCUGUGUUGUGUACCUUGAAGUCAAACCUAAGAACAGUUAAAUGGCGCUUUUGUGAUGUCAGCUUACUUUAGAGACCAUGUUUUAGUCACCCAUCUCAUGGAAGAGAAGCAGCUGCUUCCAAAUAAUAAAUAGCUGCCAGUUGUCCACUGAAGUUUUGAAAGUGACACUUCAGCAGCCCAAACCAUCUUUGUCUCAUUCCCAAGCUUUUUUUCAUGUAACCUAAAAAUACAUACAUGUGGAUCUGUUAGGGGCAGAGCAAGUCUUCAUUCAUUUCUAUUUACCAACUUUUUAAAAUGUGUAUGAAUUGGUAUUAGACAUUAGGAUGUUGCUACAUGGCCCAGGCUGGCCUCAAACUCAAGAUGUAAUCUUUAAAUUCUAGUCCUCCUGCUUCUGCCCAGAGUGCUGAGAUUUAGAGAUGGCCAGUCUAUUAACUUAUUCAUGUGUAUGGGUGUUUUGCCUACAUGUAUGUCUGUGCACCACAUUCACCCCUAGAGCAUGCAAAAGCCAGAAGAGGCAUUGGACACCCUGGAACUGGAGUUACAGACAGCUGUGAGCUGCUGUGUGGAUGUUGAGAAAUUGAGCCCAGCUCCUCAGGAAGAGUAUCCAGUGCUCUUAGCUGUUGAGCCAUGUCUCCAGUCCCUGUUGUUGGACGUUUAUCUCAUAUACUUACCUAUAAUCCUUUCUUGCUGAUUUUUUAGAGUAAGUUAUUGUCCUUACAUAACCAUGCUUUGAUCUCAUUGCAGUGUCAGUUUCUAGGCACUUAUUAGCUUUACUAGUUUCCUUUGCGGUAAAAUGCAGGUAUACUAAAUUACCUCUCCAUGCUACUUGUGAGCCAUGAAUUGAUUAUUUGAAUUAUUUAAUCAGCUACUUAAUUUGGUACAUGAAAUUAAGUGGCUUACUUUGCCAUAUAAUUGACACUGCCCUCCUUUUUGGUCAGGGUCUCCCUGUGGUCCAGGCCAGCCUCAAACUCACAGUGAUCCUUUUGCCUCAGGCUCCUCUGUUCAGGACUCCCAAGCACCACGAGCUACUGCACCUGGCUGAACAUUACCUUUGAGUCUUGGCAGUCAGACAUGGGGUACAAGUACAAAGUGAAACACUUAUUUCAAAAUCCGCAUAACACUGGUUUAUACACGUAAAAAUAAAUUUGUUUUGUUUUUCUAAACAGGAUUUCUCUGUGUCCUGGAACUCACUCUGUAAACUAGGCUGGCCUCGAGCUUAGAGAUCUACCUCCCGAGUGUUGGGAUUACAGGCGUGUGCUACCACCACCCAGCUGUAAAAAUAAUAUUAAUUUUAAAGGCGUAUGCAGAGACUGCAGAGAUGGCUCAGUGGUUAAGAGCAUGGCCUGCUCUUCCAGAGGACAGGGAUUCGAUUCCUAGCACCCACAUUGGGCUGCACACAGCUAUAACCUAAGCUCCAGAAAAUCUCACUUCCUUUUCUGGCCUCCUUUGGUAUCCAUACACCCGUGAACAUACUUAUGCAAACAUACACAUACAUACAUACAUAUAAAUAAAAAUAAGUCUCUUGCCAUGCACGGUGGUGUACCCAGUAAUCUUGGCACUUUGGGAGGCAGAGGCAGGCAGAUCUCUUAAGUUCAAGGCCAGCCUGGUCUACAAAGAAGUCCAGGACAGCCAGGGCUACACAGGGAAACCCUGUCUCAAAAAAAGCCUAAAUGAUAGAUAGAUAAAUAAAUGAAUAAAUGUCUUCUAAAAAUCUCUAGUUUGUUUUGAAAAACUUUCAGAUACUAAAUACAGGUGGAAUAACCACUAUCCUAAAUGCUUGGUACCACAAUGCUGCUGGUCUCAGACACACUAGAAUGUCGUAAUGUCUGUCUAGACAGGAGAUGUCUUGGGACCCGAGUGUGAGCACGAAAGUCAUUUCUGUUUGAUAAGCAUGUUGUACUCAGAGCCUGAAGAUAAGUUUAUUCGGUAGUUUGGGUCUGUGUGCAUUUGACUAUAGCCCACCAGAUGAGAUUAGUUUCAGACUUCUCUCCACUUUGCCUCAGUGCUCAGAAAGUAUUUGGAACUUUGAAUUUUCAGGUGGCUGAGCAGGUAAUAACACUUGCUGUGAAUGUGUGACCAGCUGAGUCCAUCCCAGAACCCCAUGUGGGGUUCCACCCCAGGGUGGAAGGAGAGAUCCACAUUCCACGAACUUGUCCUCUAAUUUACACAUGUGAACUGUGGCUUGUAUAUGCCCUCAUACACAUGCACACACAAUAAUAAAGUUUAAUUCUAAGAAAUGAAA